UCCGCUGUUAAAGAAAAAAAAUAAAUAACAUGCACAUAUGGAGGACAAUAUUUCCCAAAUACUGGAAGAUGCCCACGCCGAGUUUAAAAGGCAGAAUUUUAAAAUGGCAGAGGAGCUGUACACAAAGUUUAUCUCUUCCUGCAUACAGACCAGGGAACGUGAAGCUAGCAGUUUGGCAACUGCUUAUAACAACCGCGGACAGAUAAAGUACCUCCGAGUGGAUUUUUAUGAAGCAAUGGACGACUACACCUCUGCAAUACAAGCCGACAGCCAGUUUGAAGUACCUUUCUACAACAGAGGACUCAUUCAUUAUAGAUUAGGCAGUGGUUUAAAGACAGACUGCUUAGGAAAUCUAAUGAGGCUGUCGAUGGAUGAGGCUCUAGCAGUGGGGAACCAGCUUGUAGUGGAAGCCAUCAAUGGCACCCAACCUGUUUUGUUGACACCCAGCCUGGCUGCUCAGUGUGGAUACAGCAUGGAGUCUGACCCCUGGGGUAACACCAGAAUCUACACGUCUCUGUUGGGCUGCUUUGUGGACAACAAAAAAGAUGCAACAUUUAACAUUGGCUUGAAGCUCCGAAUGUACAGCCAGAGUCCAUCAGAUGCGGUCACUCAUGAUGUGAGUCAGACCUGCAGCUAUACUCACUGGGCCCCUAAAGAGGUUCUCUGUGACAGGAACUACAUGGAAGUGUCAAACUACAUGGUGAAAUCUAAUCCCCAAACUAAGCGGCCGGCUCAGGAUCGUAAUGAUGACUCCAAUCUGCUUGAGGCUUCUAGUCUGGCACAUGGUAUCUGGAAGAUGACGUUUUUCACCCCUGAACCAGUAGUGAUGGUGCUGAAGGAGGCUGAACAAGCUGGCCACAGUGCUAUGAUUACGUCAAGCCGACUGGUUAUGCGAAGCCCGUACAAUACAGCUGAGACCUUCUCAGAGACUGUGGCUGGAGUCCCCAUGGAAGUCUUCAAGGUGAGCAUCUACUACAAGGCAGAACAUGGUCUGGGGAUUGUGAACUUGGCAGCUGCUUGUCCCACAGGGGGUGUCAUCUUCACUGAGGAUGUGAUCUCUUGGUAUGUACCUCGCCGUGUGACCCCUUUUAUGGAUGGCCCAUUCAGAAUUGUAGAGAUGCACAUGGGCAUCAAUGGGUUGCGGCUGGAUAGGUCUCAGAUGGCUGCAAGAGGAUACAUGCUAUCUACCACAGACUUUCACAUUGUUGUUGAGAUCCCAGUGGGAUCACCUGAUGGCUACUACAAGAGCCAUGCCCCAGAAUACCAGUACCAUGUCACCUACACUGUGGAGCCAAUGCUUGAAAUACUGUGGCGGGCAGAUGGUACCCAAGAUGACAUCAAAUACAAGAUUUUGUUCCCCAUUACUACACCUCUGAUGCCUCGACCUCCUCAUGCUGAAGACUAUACUGUGCCAGAGGACAGAAUGUUUAAUGUCAGGUUGGGGACCUUCCUUCAUGAUGUGGAGCUGAAGAACAUCACAUUUUCUACUCAUGUUCUCACUGUGGAGGAGAGCAAUGCCAGAGGCUUCACUGUCCAGGAGCACAUCUACCCCAAUGGCACAAAGAGCUUUUCUUUAAAAGUGGUCUUUAAUGCUGCAGUUGUGCUGAAGACUAAUCCUGAACCCUUGGUUACAACCUACACCCUCCCUCUGACCUUUGGGCUCAUCAUCCGGCCUGAAAGAACUUCCUUUGUCCAUGAAGUAGUGUUGCAGGCAUCUCUGCAAGAUAUUGUGCUACCCACACUUGCUGGCACCUGUGAUCAAAAGCAGUUUUACAUCUGGGUGAAAUAUGGCAGUCUGGGCCACAACUUUGAGACUAUGAUUGGAAAUCGACAGCUAACCCCUGAGCUGGCUAAAGACUACAAGCUGCAAGAAAAUGGGACACACUUCCACCUUGUUGUUCCCUACACUGCUCCAGACACAAACUUUGAGCUUGUUUCCUCAGCUUCCAUCCAAGCCAGACUUGACAUCCUGCUCUGGGAACCAAACAACCAGUGGGUACUUGGUGACCUCUCCCUGGCCUGCAACUUCCCUUUGGUGACAACUAAGUGCUACCCCAAUGGAACAAUAACUGCUGUGGCUGUGAAGCUGGAAUCUGUGCCCAACCUUGUCCCAAGUCAGCUAACUUUGAAGGACCGGUCUUGCAGACCAGUUUUCAGCAACGAUCGCUUUGCUCACUUUUCUUUCACUGCUGAUUCCUGUGACACGACUAGAAUGUUCUCUGACAACUACAUGCUGUAUGAAAAUGAGAUCAGCCUGUACCAUCAGAAAGGGGCAACCUACACAUCACCUGCAGAUCCUAAGUACAGGCAAACUAUUUACUGCUACUACAUGGUCAACAAGACUCAAACUGUCACAUUCAGUCAUAAACAAAGAAGCUACAAUCCCAGAGCAGAAAUUGGGACAGGGCAGCUAAUGGUACAAAUGAGACUUGCCCAGGAUUCUUCAUAUGACCACUUUUACCAAGCAGAGGAUUAUCCAGUAACAAAAUACCUGAGGCAGCCUCUGUAUUUUGAAGUGGCACUAAUGCAGUCAGACCCACAGCUGGAGCUCAUCUUGGAAAACUGCUGGGCUACUCUCCAAGAAGACAGGACAUCUCUACCCAGUUGGGACAUCAUUGUGAACAGCUGUGAGAACCGUGGUGACACCUAUGUGACAGUCUUCCAUCCUGUUACGGAAAACGGCAUCACCACCCAAUCCCACAUCAAACGCUUCUCUGUGAAGAUGUUCACCUUCACUAAUAAUGACGAAGUUCUGAAAGAUCAGAUUCAUGUCCACUGUGAUGCAGUGAUUUGUGAUCCAAGCACCCCAUCAGAUGGGAUCUGUGGAGGCCAGUGUGUGCAUCCCACAGGCACAAGGAGCUCUAAAUAUCAAGGGCUAAAAGGUGCAAAAAGGGAGCAAAGAAGUACAGAGUUAACCCACCAAAGUCAGCUCUCCUCUGGACCAAUCUUUCUAUCAAACAGACUUUUUCAAUAAAUGCAUUUCUUAACUA